AGAGGCAGUCUGGAUGUUGUAAUACCAGUUGUGUUCCACGUUAGAAGCCAUGAGACUCUGUUGGAAGAAGGAAUAUGGUGGAUGGGUUUACCCCACAGUUCUGCUCUGUAUUUAUGGCUUCUUCACUUUUCUGAGGCCUUCAGAACCCUUCCUGGCCCCGUAUCUUACAGGACCAGAACACAAUCUGACUGUUGAGCAGGUGACCAACUCCAUUUUCCCAGUAUGGACAUACAGUUACCUGGCAAUUCUGCUCCCAGUAUUCCUUCUCACAGACUACCUGAGAUACAAACCUGUCAUCAUUCUGCAGGGUUUGAGCUUUAUCGUCACAUGGGUCCUUCUGCUGUUUGCCCGAGGUGUACCAGGUAUGCAAGGUAUGGAAUUUGCCUAUGGCCUGGUUACUGCAACUGAAGUGGCCUAUUACUCCUACAUCUACAGCGUAGUUGACACCGAACACUAUCAGAAAGUCACCAGCUACUGUCGGAGUAUAACUUUGGUUGGUUUCACGGUAGCUGCUGUACUUGGACAAAUCCUAGUGUCUUUGGCUGGUGUGUCAUACUUCUACUUAAAUGUGAUUACAUUGGUAUCAGUCUCUGUGGCUUUCAUCUCAUCUUUCUUUCUCCCGAUGCCAAGCAAAAGCAUGUUCUUCCACAGAAAAGCAGUGGGAGAAGUUGCACCAAAGUCAUCACAGCCACAAUUAUCCAGUGAGCAGGAGAUAGGAAUUGAACCAAUAACUGAAAUGGGACCUGACAAAGCAGAGAACAAAGGUUUUUUCCAAGUGCUUUGGCUGCUGUGCAAAGACUUAAAAGUUUGUUACUCUUCAAAGCAGCUCAUCUACUGGUCGCUGUGGUGGGCACUUUCCACAGCUGGAUAUAACCAAGUUGUAAACUAUGUGCAGGUUUUAUGGGAACAUGUGGCGCCUGCCCAUAACGCAGCUGUGUACAAUGGAGGAGUGGAGGCUGUGUCCACAUUUUUGGGAGCUCUGGCUGCUCUGUUGGUUGGCUUCGUGAAGGUGAAUUGGGAGCUCACUGGUGAAUUGGCACUUGCUAUUUUUUCUGCCGUGGAUGCUGGAGCCCUGUUCCUCAUGGAUUACACCAACAACAUCUGGGUAUGCUACACUGGAUAUCUGAUUUUCAAGUCUUCAUAUAUGCUCCUCAUCACAAUUGCUACAUUCCAGAUUGCUAUUAAUUUGAGUAUGGAACGUUACGCUUUAAUGUUUGGGGUCAACACGUUUGUAGCUUUAGCACUUCAAACAAUCCUGACUGUAAUCGUGGUGGAUCCACGGGGCCUUGGACUGGAUAUUGUCACACAGUUUUUGAUCUAUGGAAGCUACUUUGCAGUUAUCGCUGGAAUUUUCUUUGCAAGGAGUCUUUACAUCCUGAUAUCGCUGUGUUGCAAGGCAAGAGAAACCAACAUCCAAACACAAUUUUAGAGGCUCAAACUCCAAACAACCGUUCCAAUGGGUGUCC